UCAGUCAGACGAUGUCUUUUUUCGGCGCUGGCCGAAGACUGAAGCGAGAAAUUCAUUUUGCGUUUUUAAUUCUGACUGAGUUAAGUUGUUCUGCGGUUAAGUUGUGACAUUAACAAAGUCCCAAAUUCCCAAUCUUGUCAUUACACUGGAUACAAAAGACACCUAAAGUGAACUCAUCAUGGAAAUGGAAACAGUUGGGGACCUAGGGGAACAAGGCUAUGAAUUCGAUAAACCUCCAAAUAAUGGGUUGAAACUGAAAUUAAAUCAUCAGUUUCCAGUACAAUCUAAACAAAUCAUUAGACCAAGACCAAAUCAGAUCAUCGAAAUGAUGCCACUUACAGCAAGAUAUGUUAAAUACUACAUUGGUAAGAGGCUAAACAAAAAACGUCCUAUCAUGGAUUACAUAAAUAUGAUUUCUGCACAAAGAAUGUAUGGUUGCCCAAUUGGUGGUAUUGGAGGUGGGACAAUCGGGCGCGGCUUCAAAGGCGAGUUCUGUCGGUUCCAACUGUACCCGGGCAUCUAUGAGUAUGUCACUAUACCAGAAUGUCAAUUCAUAGUGAACAUACGGAAUGAUAACAAAGAAACUAUUUUUCAGUCUGUUCUAUCUACUUAUGAAAAGCCCAAAAAAGCACCAUCAACAUGGGAGUGGAACUUAAAUCCUGAGGACUGUGAAUACACAGGUCUCUAUCCUCGGGCCUGGACAACUUAUGAUCUCUCUAAAUAUGGGGUGGAAUUAGUUUGCCGCCAAAUUUCGCCUGUUAUUCCUCAUAAUUACAAGGAUAGCAGUCUUCCUUGUGUAGUAUUUGUUUUUUCUGCUAAAAAUGUUAGCAAUGAACACAGAGAUGUGAGUAUUACAUUCACAUGGACUGAGGUACUGGGAAGCACAAAUAAAAAGAAAACAGCUGCAAAGUUAGACUUGGAAAGAUAUUCAGAGGAGCACACAAGUGGUGUUACAUUGGAGCAAAAGAUAGAAGAUACUCCAUGCACAUUUACAAUAUCAAAAAGGAAACUGGAAAACGAGACUAUACAUGAAGACUAUUGUCUUUGGAAUGUGUCAAAGACAUCUGCUUAUGUGUGGGAGUGUUUGAAGAAGAAUGGCCGGCUCGAACCAGACCCUAGCCUCACGCCUCCCCCGCCAAAAGUCCCAGAUAAAUCAGAUACUGGUGAAAAAGAAAAGAAAGAAAAACAAAAGAAGAUUUACAAAUGUGAUUCAGUAGGACUUUCAAGUGUAAUAUCAUUGGAUCCUGGUGGACAUGGAUCUACAGAGUUUUGUCUCGCAUGGGACAUGCCUAUUAUAAAGUAUAAAAAAGAUAAGAAAGUACAUAAAAGAUAUUAUACUAAAUAUUUUGGUAGUGAUGGAAUAGCUGGUGCAAGCAUAGCUGCAUAUGCUCUUAGGAAUUAUAAAAAUUGGGAGAAAUUACUUGCCGAGUGGCAGGAUCCUAUAUUGACUAAUAGCAAUAUACCAGACUGGUUAAAAAGUGCCUUAAUGAACGAGCUUUAUUUUAUUGCUGAUGGUGGGACUAUCUGGUAUGAUGUCCAUGAUGAAUAUCCAGAUACUGAUCCUAGACACAACUUCGGUCUGUUUGGCUACCUAGAAGGUCACGAGUAUAGAAUGUACAAUACAUAUGACGUACAUUUCUACGCUUCGUUCGCAUUAGCUCAGCUAUGGCCGAACUUGCAGGUUGUGCUGCAAUACAUGUUUCGAGAUACAAUAGGCUUAGAAACGGAAAAAUCUAGACAGACCUUGUACGACGGAAAGUCUGUCAAAUAUAAAAUCAAAGAUUCAAUUCCGCAUGAUCUUGGAGAUCCAGAGGGCCUGCCGUUCGCCAAUAUAAACGCCUACAACAUCCACGAUGUGAGCGAGUGGCGCGAUCUCAACCUGAAGUUCGUUCUGCAAGUGAUGCGCGACUAUCGCCUGCUGCGCGCGCAUUCCGCUCCGUUCACCACUGAAAGGUACCGCUCCAUGGCGUUCAUAGACGACGUGCGCGACGGCACCGAAGACGACUUAUACUCGCGCUCCACCGGCCAAGAGACAACGCCGCCGGGCUCCCCCGAGCCACCAGCGGAGGCCGAGCCCGCGCCCGCGCCGCGUCCGUACGUGGCCGAUAUACUAGACCUGUUGUACAGGACCACGGACCACGGGAGUGACGAAGACGACGGCGGUGACAGGACGCAUCACCGAGAGACAGCGGCGGUCUGGGACGCGAAUAAGUACAUAGCGGACAUGUAUCCAGCCUGUGUGGGACUGCUCCGCCGCGCUAUGCUGUGGGACCAAGAUGGCGACGGUCUGAUCGAAAAUGGGGGGUUCCCCGAUCAGACGUAUGACGCGUGGGUCAUGAAAGGACCGAGCGCAUACUGCGGCGGUCUUUGGCUGGCUGCUGUGUCAUCAGUCAAAGCGAUGGCCCACAUGUUAGGCCACGAGGAAGACGAGCGGGAGUUUGCGAAACUCCUGGACCAAGGCCGCAACUCGUUCGAGGACAAGCUGUGGAACGGCUCGUACUAUCUGUUCGACACAUGCGCGGCGAACAGCAAAGUUGUCAUGUCGGACCAGUUAGCUGGCCAGUGGCCACGAGGAAGACGAGCGGGAGUUUGGGAAACUCCUGGGCCAAGGCCGCAACUCGUUCGAGGACAAGCUGUGGAACGGCUCGUACUAUCUAUUCGACACGUGCGCGGCGAACAGCAAAGUUGUCAUGUCGGACCAGUUAGCUGGCCAGUGGUUCCUCCGCGCCUCAGGACUAAACGAUCCAGUGUUCCCCGAAGCGAACGUCAAGAGAGCUCUCUCCACGAUAUUCGAGCACAACGUCAUGAAGUUCAAAGACGGCAAAAUGGGCGCCGUCAACGGCUACGUCACGGGCCCCAACGGGCAUAUUGAUACGACAGCUCUGCAGAGUGAAGAGAUGUGGGUCGGAGUCACGUAUGGACUGGCCGCGCUUAUGAUAUUUGAAGGAAUGCACGAAGAAGCGUUCGUAACCGCCGGCGGUAUGUACAAAUCUUUGACACAAAUGGGCCUGUCAUUCGAGACGCCCGAGGCUCUGU